AUGAAUCAAUUUUAUGGAAAUUUUGUUAACUUAGAUACUUCUAUUGUACAAUAAUUUCUCUAUCUAGGGAAUUAAUCAUAAUCUACCCUUCUAUCAAAAAGCAACAAAACAUAUAUUUAAUAAUUAAAACGUUAAACAAGAACUAAAUGAAUAAAGUUUACAAUGCAAUAUUUAUCUCUUUUUAUCAAUUGUUCAUGGAAUCAAACGAUUAAAUAAACUAUUUAUUCAGUCAUGUUCUAAUAGAGAUUAAUUUCUUUAUUUAUUCGACACUCAGCAAUAUUCUCUCCUACUUUACAAAGUUCUCUAAAUUGUAAAUCAAUAUUUCAAUGAUGAUGACUCAAAAAUUUAAUUUGAGAAACAUGCAAUAAAUAAAUCUUGGCAUUCUUCUGAAUAGACUCUAUAAUAAACAUCAUCUUUUUAGACAUCUGCUAACAACGAAAAGUUUUAGUAGAAAAUAAAAAAAAUUAUUUCAACUGACUUAGAUCCGUUAAAAUCAUUGAUUCAUAAAGUUUAGGAUUAAAAUAGAUCAUAUUAAAAUUCAUAAGCUAAAAUAAAUUAUACACCCCAAGUGUCAUUUCACUAAAAUAAUAAACAAAUGAAAUAAAGUUCAUUGAAAGAUUAAUUAAAAGAAAAAAUAGCUAAAUUGGCUAUGUAAAAUACAUAUCAUUGUUAGGAGAAAAUGAUUAAAUCUAGUUCAGAUUUAAUUUAAUAAACUCAAAAUUAUAUAGCUGUUAAUGAGUCUUUGAAUGAAAAAUAGAUAGAGAAAGAAAUAAUUUAAAAACAGAAUAAAAUAAAUUUUGGGUAAUAAAUGUUAUUUAAUAAUCUUAUCCAAAAAGAGGAUUAAAUUGGGUUUUAACAAAAUAAACAAUUGAAAACAAUGCAAGAACCGAUUCCAACAUUUGUUUAGAAUAAAAAAACUGAUUUUGCAGUUCAAACUUCAGAAUAGUAAAUUGAUGUAUAAAUAGUUUAAAAAAAAAAAGAAGAGUAAAACAUAGUGUAAAAUGAAGAGUAGAAUAAUUAGAAUAAUGUUCGAACCAAUGAAAACGAUUAAGGUGAGAAGAAAUAAGAAAUUUCUGUGAAUAGGGUAAGAUAUUGCCAAGAAUGUAAAAAUAAAAAUAAAUAUAAUAAUGGUACUUCAAGUGCUUCUCCAUAAAAAAGUGAUAGACACAAUCGUGAAAUAUAUUCAAUAGAUUAUGUACAGCACAAAAGAAAAUUAGGAAGUAAUUGUAUGAAUAGAAAUUUUAACAUUUUAACGAAUGCAUAGUUAGAAUGA